AUGUCCCUCUCCCACACGGCCGCCGAGUACAUGCUCUCUGAUGCUCUCCUCCCGGAUCCCGGCAGUUCCCGAGCCAAGGGCUUGCGGUUGGAGCUGCCGAGCGAUCGCCUGCUGAAAUUUGUCACCGUGGGGCUCCCCCUCUUCCUCGUCUCGCUGGCUUUCGCCCGGGAGUUCUCUGCCGGCUCGCAGAUCAGCUGCUUCUCUCCCACCAACUUCACGGGGAAGCAGUCCGCCUACGUCGACACGGACCUCGUCCACCACGGCUUCGACGCCGAGGGACACGCCGUCACCAAAUCCCUCUGGGUUCUCAAGGUCUUCCCCUACUCGCUGCUGGUGGUGGCGGUGCUGAUGUACAUGCCUUACCUGCUGUGGCGUUACGCGGCCGCCCCCGCCCUUCACUCCGACCUCCUCUUCAUCAUCGACGAGCUGGACAAAUCCUACAACCGCUCUGUCCGUUUGGUUCAGCACAUGAGGAAAGUCCAGCAGGCCAGCGCUGAACCGGAACGAUUUUGGGAGGAAUACGAGAGUGCCCGCCGGGAGAGGUAUUUUGAAUUCCCAUUGCUGGAGCGGUACCUCACCUGCAAGCAGCACGCCCACUCCCUGGUGUUCAUCUACAUCUUGAGGAACCUGCUGCUGCUCUUGUUCCUGGCUGCCACCUGCCUCUACUUGGUCUUCCUCCACCUCAACAUCUUCUUCCAGGAUGAAUUCAACUGCUCCAUCAAAACGGGGCUGCUCCAGACGGAGACCCACAUCCCCUCGCUCAUCCCCUGCAAGCUGAGCUUCUUCUCCGUCUUCCAGCUCAUCAGCCUCUCGGUCGGCGGCGUCUACGUCCUCCUCAUACCCGUCGUCAUCUAUAACGCCCUGCAGCUCUGCCAGUGGGACAAGGGGCUGCUCUCCGUCUACGAGAUGCUGCCCGCCUUCGACCUCCUCAGCCGCAAAAUGCUCACCUGCCCCGUCAACGACCUCAACGUCAUCCUCCUCUUCCUCCGGGCCAACAUCUCUGAGCUAACCUCUUUCGGCCGUCUGAACGCCGUCAGCGCCUUGAGGGAAGCCACCGCCAACAAGCAGGACAUCGAUACCGUCAUCGACUUCAUGACGCUGCUGGCCGGGCUGGAGACGACCAAGCCCAAACACCCAGCUUGUGCCCCAGAGGCCGACGGCCCCGCACCCCUCUCCAACGGCGGGGUCCUAG